UAAGAUAAUACGCCUCGGCCGUUUAUCAUCAUCAUUACGCCUUGGAAAGUCAUUAAAACAAUUUGUUUAUAUUAAUUUAUUUUUUUACCAAGGUGAAGUGUUCUUUUAAUCCUGUUUAGUAUCGGAUUUUUUGUUUCCUAUUAAUUGUGUGAUGCAGUUCAUUCAAUUUUACCCCAAAAAUUCUGUCAAUGUGAGUUACUUUUCUCUCUGUGGAUGUCUGUGUUCUGUGUAAUGAUAUUUUACCUGUACGGGAUGGCAAGAUCGAAAGCGAAUUAAUAAUACUUGCGUUCGGUUUAACAACGGUGAAUAUCCCAAAUCAGUCCCCGUAAUGAUUUUGUUUUUUCUGUUCAGAUAAUGGUUUAAAUCAAACUGUAAGUGUCUCCAUGUUCAGAGGCCUUAAGAAAUCCCUUCUCAUGUGUCAUCAUGUCCCCGCAGAGUGAUACCACCAAGAAGCAGUCUCGUGAGGUAACGCAAAAAGAAAGUGUUGCUAGCAGCUUGCUUGCUGGAGCUAUUGCAGGCGCAAUAGCAAAAACAACCAUAGCUCCACUUGAUCGUACGAAGAUCUAUUUUCAGGUGAAUCAUGCACCGUACUCAACGAAAAAAGCUUUAAAGUUUAUGAUUCAAUCUUAUAAGACUGAUGGUGUAAUCAGCCUUUGGAGAGGCAAUAGUGCUACAAUGGCUCGAAUUAUACCAUACGCUGCCAUCCAAUUCACAGCCCAUGACCAGUGGAAACAUUUCCUGAGAGUUGAAAGUAAUGAUAAAGCUGAUGAAAAUUUUUUAAAUUUAAGUUCCCAAGUUCGGCGAUUUCUAGCAGGAUCUUUGGCUGGAGUUACAUCUCAGAGUCUCACUUACCCAUUAGAUUUAGCUAGAGCAUGUAUGGCUGUUACACGGAAAGAUCAGUAUGCCUCUCUUAGCCGGGUUUUUGCACACCUGUAUAAAGAAAAUGGAUUUUUAGGGCUCUACAAAGGUUACACUCCUACAAUCUUAGGCAUUAUUCCUUACGCUGGAGCUAGCUUCUUCACGUAUGGAACACUCAAAAAACACUAUAUAGAGAAGAAAGGACAUACAACGUUCUUUGAAAAUUUAUGCUUUGGUGCCGUGUCUGGAGUGUGUGGCCAAACAACAUCCUACCCUCUUGAUAUAAUUAGGAGGCGCAUGCAAACCGCCACAGCCAUUGGAAAUAAACAUUUUUCGAUGAGAGAAACUAUACGCAAUAUCUACAAUCUUGAAGGUAUAAGAAGAGGAUUUUUCAAAGGACUUAGCAUGAAUUGGAUUAAAGGUCCAGUAGCAGUUGGUGUUAGUUUUUCAACUUACGAUUGGGCAUCAAGUUCUAUCAAAAAAUUUGUUGUUACUUUUACUUAAGUGUUCGCCGAAUAGUUACCAUGUUUAGGGUACCAGAAUUGAAAUACUUGGUACGUAAACAAAGGCAUAUUUUUAUGUUGCCAGCCUACCCUUUUCAAAGACUUAUGAGUCAUGAUUUCCAAGUGCCAAUUUUGAAACGUAUGAGAUUCUGAGAUAGUCUCCAGCUUAUCAGAUCAGUGAUUUGUAUCUCAACUUAAAAAUCUUGUUGUUGAACCCUAAUCAAGGGAGUAUAGCCUAUUACUCGUAUUUUAAAUUUUUCUCUCAUCUUUUUUACUUUCAAAGGAUUAUUUAAUUCAUAGACAUCUCAUUGCGUACAUUUCAGUUAUGGUUUUACCUAUUUGUAACUUUUUUAAUUAAUUGUGAUUAACUUGAGGAAAAUUUUUGGUCAAAAGAAGAUAUUCGUUACUAAAAAUUGGAGCUUUUGUCUAGGAAUUGAGUUAAAUCAAUUUUCUUUUCUUGAAUUGUCAUUUUUCUGACAUAAGGAAGUAACUUUGAUUACAAGUAAGCCCUGGAGAGCAAGAGCUGUACAAAAAUUAAGGCUCAUGUACUGCGAAAUUGCGAUAUUUUAAAAUUAAGUUGCGAUUUUUUAUGAUUUUUUGACGAUAUAAUUGCUAGAAUCAUCAUCAUCUGAGCAAGCAUUUUCAAUCUUGUGGCAAUUUUAUCUCUACAAACAUAUACUGAUCAAUAAAAUCAAAAUUUCUUAUCAGUUUAUCCCGAUUUCUUGCUCGAAAAUAUCGCAAUGAAUUGCCGUCGAUAAAAUCGCGACUUUGUUGCAAAUUUAUGCCAUGAAUUUACACUUUAUUGCAAUUUUUUAUCCGAUAAUAUUGCAAUAAAUUGACUUCGAUCAAAUCACAACUUAUAGCAAUCACUGCUACUCGAGACUUUGAGGAAAGUGUGUGUAUUGACAGAAGAAAUGUCUCUUUGUUAAUUACAGGUUUCACUAUUGAAUAGCUCCUGCUAAAUUCAUAAACAAACAGGAACUAUGCCGUAAAUUUGUAUGCACACCUCAUAUAGGUGAUAAAUAACCUUUUUUUGGUCAGUUUAUUUUGUGAAUUUCACCAAAGCGGUAUUGUAUUUUUGGGUGAAUGUUUCUCUACUUUUUAUCUGGGAAAUUUUGAUGCAAUAUAGUCUAACUAAAGUAAACUAAUCAGUGGUUUACUCGUACAACCUCGAAGACAAAAUAUUUUAAAGACCUCGCAUUAACAAUCUCUGUUGACGUUGAAGCUACUCGCAUCGCUACUGCUUUUGGAUAUUGAUUAUUGAUGAGCUGUUAUGAGCAUUUCAUUCCAUUAGCCAAACUCAAUUUUCAACAAUGAACUUCUUCUGCACACUGUUCAACGCAACAUUCAUCAGCCAGUAGACAGAGAUGAGCUUUCAUGCCCCUGAUGUAUGUUGAAACUUGAAAAGUAACCUUUUCUCUGCCUUUUUUCAUCGCUUGAAAGGCUAGUGUGGUGUCUUUAAAAUGUGUCCCUUCUAAAAACCACUAAAAUGUAGUAGUUUCAAAAAGUAUUGAUUCCUCUGUAAUUCAUUGAAUAUCCGUCUAAUUUUUAAGGUAUUUUUGGAACUUUGUGCCUAGCUUGUGCAAAUGUGGUGAAUGAUAGAAAAAAUUUUGUAUUCUCUAGUGUAUGGGAUGCGAUGAGCAGCUAAAUCUAGAAGAAACUCCAUCCCAUGUAUGUAAUUUAAGGAAUGUAGUCUUAAUUGCCAGUCAGCAAGUAUUAAGUUUUAUUUCGUUAUAACCGAGUCAAUUUAUUUUUAUCUUUCUCUCUGGUGCCAGGACCUUGAAGGUUCUCACCGUUGUUAACAAGACAAGUUUUGUAGGACGACUCCUUAAUAAUGUAAUGUAAAGAAAGAGGAAUACAUGCACUAUGCGAGCAUGUAUUGAUCCUCUUACCCUCAAAGAUAUUUAUUGCUCCCACGCAAAGUUGUGAAGAUCUUACGCUACAGUACUUUGGAACUCCGUGGUACACUCGUUCAAGGUUACUUGUCCUACAGAACCUAUCCCUGUUGCUAGUCUUAAGGAGUUUUAACUACUACCUGCCUAAUGAAAUUUUAGACUGAUAGUACGGUGCCCUUCUUGUAUGUUAUUUUUCUUGAGAAGUUUCCAACUGGUAAUUUUUUAAAUCUUCAUGAUUAUCAUCUUUUAAGCAGUAGAAAAAUUGAAUUUAUUCAUGGCAAAGUCUUUACUUCAUUGUAAAUGGACUUGCAAAAUCAAGUCGCUCUCUUUUUGAAUUUAUUUGUGUUAAAACAGAGCAGCUUUGUAGAAAAUAUUGUAAUAUUGCAACAUUACGUCCCUGAAAAAAUUUAGUUGGAAUUAGAAUCAAAAGAAAA